AUGACGACUCGAUGUUACUCAUUUCGCCGGAAGAUCCUCUUCUGGGUGCCCGGGUUCCUUUUUAUCGUGAUAGCCGUCGCGCUGAUGGUGCAUUUUUUCAGUUCACCGGGUGGCGAGGGCGCCGGCCAAUCAUCCUCGGAGGGUUGGUCGCCGAUUCGCAACACCACGCUGAUACCGCUGACGGCGGAAUUCGCGACAGAGUCCUCGUCCCGGAUCGCCGGCGGUUGGCGCGGAUCCGGCGUGCUGGUCGAGUCCGAACGGGUUCAACCGUUCGAAACGCCACCAAACGAUACGUCUCCCGAUGAAAACGGCACGAACGAUGCAAAAGCGCUGAGCGGCCGAGUCGCUGGCAUCGCGGCAGUGGACAUCAACCUUGGACACAUCAGUACCUUGAACGGGUCCUUUUUCAUCGAGCCGGCCGAGAGCGUUUCCAGCAACAACAACAACGUUCUGCACCGCAUCCAUAGGUUCUCGGCGGACAAGCUUGGUUCGAGCACGGACGCUCGAUUGCAGAUCGACGGCGUUGGCAUCGCGCCGGAAGACUGUGCCGUUCGGACAGAACAUGAAAUCGGUAAGUACCUUUCGUCCGCAGGAGCAGCAGCAGGACGGGAGCUGGACGUCAACCGCACGGUGGCAGGCCAUCGCGGGAGGCGCAGAAGCAGACGCAGCACGCCGCACUUCACGAACGACGAGUACACGAUUGAGGUACUGGUGGCGGUCGAUAACAAGAUGCAGCGAUACCACGGUGGGGCCCUCAAGUCCUACGUCCUGACACUGAUGUCCAUCGUUUCCAGUGUGUACGCCGACGCCAGCAUUGGGAACUCGAUCAAGAUAGCCGUGUCGCACAUAAUGUACAUCCAUCAGGACCUCGCCGCGCAGAACAAGUCGCUGGAGAACGGGUUGGACGGAGUGUCUGCGUCCCAGAUGCUGCAGGACUUCUGUCGCCUGAAGCAGACCAACAACUUCCACCACGACGUGGCACUCAUACUGACCCGCGAGCAGAUCUGCCGCGAACCGUCGACCAACAACUGCGACACACUCGGGCUGGCCGAGCUCGGCACGAUCUGCCGGCCGACGGCGUGCGCCAUCGUGCAGGACAAUGGGCUGUCGGCUUCCUUCACCAUCGCACACGAGCUGGGCCACGUAUUAGGAAUGCCACACGACGACGACAACCGGUGUCAACGGUUUCGCGGCAACUCGGUCGGAAACGAUCGCAUAAUGUCACGUACGAUCGACCACAACACGCACCCCUGGCAGUGGUCCAGCUGCUCGCGCCAUAUACUCACCGAGUACCUCGAAAAAAACCCCAACAACUGUCUGCUGAACCACCCGACCAAGGAUCUAAUCGAUCCGACCGAGAUGGACUCGAAGCUGGCCGGCGAAAAGUUUACCAACAACAAGCAGUGCGAGCUGGUGUUCGGCCACGGCUACAAGAUCUGCUCGUACAUGCCGGUCUGCACCAGGCUGUGGUGUAGCCUGGAGGACGAGAUGAUGGGCUGCAAGACGCAGCACAUGCCGUGGGCGGACGGUACGGAGUGCAGCGACGGCCACUGGUGCCAGAAGGGUCAGUGCGUCCCGAUCGAUCGGACGGUGCUGCAACCGCAAAACGGUGGCUGGAGCCACUGGAGCUCUUUCGGCCAAUGUUCGCGCAGCUGCGGUGGAGGCGUUCAGAACCGGACCCGCGAGUGCGACUCGCCGAAGCCGAAAAAUGGUGGAAAAUUCUGUGCCGGGCUGCGGAUCGACUAUCGCACGUGCAACACGCAUGCGUGUCCCGAUUCGCGGUACAACUUCCGCGAGGAGCAGUGCCACGAGCACGACGGCCAGAACUUUGACGUGCCCAACCUGGAGCAGAACGUCCGGUGGAUACCGAAGUACGGGACGACGGCCGAGGAGCAGUGCAAGCUGUACUGCCGCGUCCAGGACCGCAGUCUGUACUUUAUGCUGCGCGAGAAGGUGAUCGAUGGGACGCCCUGUACCUUCCCGGAGGACAGCUUCGACAUGUGCAUCAACGGCCAGUGCCGGAAGGCCGGUUGCGACUACGUGCUCGACUCGGACGCAAAGCUGGACCGCUGUGGCGUGUGCAACGGGGACAACUCCACCUGCCGGGAGGUGCACGGUUAUCUGCCGCUAGGGAAACCGAACAAGCACCACAAGCAACCGUACGACAAUCUGAAAGAGUUCAACAUCCCAAAGGGAGCGACCAACAUCAACAUCACCCACGAGGGCUACAGCAAGGAGCGCUACUUGAUACUUUGCAGCACGUGCGACAACGACUCCAUCUUCAACGAUCCGAAACAUCCGCCUUCACACACGAGCAAACAUCGGCUGUUUGCGGGCGUCCGGUUGGAGUACACCACGCUCGGUAACCACAUGGAGCGGAUCACGUCCGCCUUCGGGCGCCCGCUACGGGAGAAACUGACCGUGAAACUGUUCUACAAAUCGAACUACUACAAGCACCACCAUCACGGGCAGGUGGUGUACAGCUACCUGAUACCGAGCCACCCGUUGGCAAAUGUACUCCCGGGACAUCAAUCGACCCCGCAGCAGCAGCAGCAGCAACAACCGGACCAUUCACACCACCACACCACACCGGACCAUGCACACCACUUGCAACGUCACCGGGAUCACCAUCUGCAGCAACAGAACUCCAACAGCGUGCAGCGGCCACAGCGACCACACGUACCGGAACCGUCCUACCGGUGGGAGAUGUCCUCGUGGAUGGAGUGCGAUCAGGCUUGUUCGGGCAAGAGGCGACGAACGGCCGCCUGCUACAACGCGGACACCGGCCAGGAGGUAGCACCGGAGAACUGUAACGAAACGGUCAAACCGCAAGAUCUGUACGAACCGUGCAACACGGAGUGUAAAUUCUACUGGGAAGCGGGCCGGACGGAGUGCUCGAAAACGUGCGGCGAAGGCUGGAAACAGACCGAGUACCUGUGCGUCCGGAAGCACCUGGAAUCGCUCCAGCAGGACUACAUGGACGCGGCGCUAUGCUCCGGUAUCCAGAAACCGAUGAGCGCCCGGGAACAGUGCGAAGGACCGUGCAAGGAUGCGGUCUGGUCGUAUGGACCAUGGACUACGUGUUCCUGUAUCGACAAAAUUCAAAACCGCUCCGCGACGUGUCUUUCCGAGCCGAACGGUUUUCAGAUCGAUGACUCGUACUGCGCAGUGAAGGAGCGCAAGGACGACGUACAGACCUGCGAGCCCAGCGCCUGUCCCGAGUGGCGAAAUGGCGAACCAACGCCGUGUUCGGUAACCUGCGGCGAAGGCCAGCGGGCGUACGCACUGCAGUGCAAGCUUAACAAUGUGACCGUCAACGCUGCUUUGUGUGGUGCUCGUCCUGUAGCGGUCAUCAUCAACUGUACCAUGCCACCGUGCGAGUCAAAGUCAACCCCCCCUAACACACAAUAUUUUCUGAAAAUCGGUAAGCAUAACCAGCAAAUGAAAAGUGUAGACUACCGGUGGCAGGAAGGCCCGUGGACCAACUGCAGUGUCGAGUGUGGCGGAGGCUUUAAGGAGCUCCUCGUCCGCUGCAUGUCCAGCACCGGGCAGGAGCUGGACGAUCGUUACUGUCGAUCGUUACCCUACAACAGUUCCAAGCCGUCCCGACAGAGGCGAGAAUGCGCCAACUUUCGGUGUCCCGGUUGGUCCUUCGGCCAGUGGAGUCAGUGUAAUGAAGAAUGCAAACGCUCCCGUCAGGUCCUUUGUCUGGAUCAUCGCGGCCAAAAAAGUGACCAAUGCGACACGACACUGAAACCGCCCGCCGUAGAGUCGUGUUGCAAUUUUAAAUGGAGAAGUACCUGCGCCGGAACAUGCGAUCCGAACGGUCGGCGCACGUCGCAGUUCAUCUGCAAGCGUCUGUUUCCGAAGUCACCGGACAAUCCACAUCCCUUCCGCACUGGCCGCAAGGUAGACGCGAAGUACUGUGCCAACGCUAAAAAGCCGUCACCGAGCAAACCGAAGAAAAAGUGUAGCAAACCCUGUCCGUUCCGUUGGGACACCUCGCCCUGGUCCAAGUGUUCGGUGGGCUGCGGCACCGGAAGGACCGUGCGGAACGUGACCUGCACCGACGGCCGUACGAUAGCGCCGAAAGGGUGCGACGCGAAGCUGAAGCCACCGAAUACGAAAAUCUGCGAAGCUUACACCCACUGCAGCUGGCGAACUGUUAAGACGAACCGAUGCAACUGCAAGGGUAAACAGAACCGCUCCGUCAAGUGCUACGACGAGCUGCUGAAGGUCGAAUCGAACCGGUGCCCGGAACAUCUCCGCCCGAAGAAGUACACUAAGUGCACACCUCCAGCCCACUGCCGGAACCCCGCCAGCCGACAAUCUGCCAUAACGUACCGAAGCUGCCGGGAUGCCCAGCGCAGGCAUCGCACCGAUGGGGAGUACAUGAUGCACCUCAACGGAACGAGCGUCCGAAUCUACUGCCACGGUAUGGCCACAGCCACACCGCUCGAGUACCUGACACUGGCCGCCGGGCCCACCGAGAACUACGCCAUCUACAUCAACCGGCGAGCGGCCGACGCGAACAAGUGUCAACAUUCGCGGCGCGACUGGAUGGACGAUAGCAUCAACUACGGUGCGACGCACUACCGGAAAGUGCGCAUUCAGCUGCGCACGAUGCAGGUGCUGACCAAUGACUUCCAGUUCACGAACAGCUCGGGCAAGAAGCAGCCGUUCGGUUCCGCCGGCGACUGCUACAGCAACACGGGCCGCUGCCCGCAGGGUGACUUCGCCAUCAAUCUCGAGGGCACGCCGUUCCGGAUAAGGCCACGGACCGUCUGGAAAACGGAUGGCGUACACUCGGUGAUGAAGUUCCUCGUAGCGCUACAACCGCCCUACAAAAAGGUUCGAGCACACUGCGGUGGCUACUGUGGGAGCUGCUUUGUGUCGCCGGACACGAACCUUUAUCUGGAGCUGGUAUAG